CAGCCCUCAAUUCAAUGGAUGAAUUGGAAAGUAGAAGUGAAGCUUCUCCAUCUUCAACAAACAAGGAGAAGAUUGAGAGAAGGUUCAUUGAGAGAAACAGAAGGAAGCACAUGAAGAUGCUCUACUCCACACUCAACUCUCUUCUCCCUAACGACCCCAACCCCACUAGGCCCAAGUGGUUACCACUGCUAUUGCUUGAUCAAGUGGACAAGGCCUUAAAUUACAUCAAGAGCUUAGAGGAGAAGGUAAAAAUGUCUAAGGAGAAGAAAAAUAGCUUACUAUUGAGAAUGGGAAGAAAGAGGACACGUGGCGCUUGCGACGAUGGUAAUCGCCCCAAACCGCCGCAACUAGAGGUUCAUGAAAUGGGUUCAUGUCUUCAAAUUGUAAUGACAUGUGGAUUAGAUUCCCAGUUCAUAUUCUAUAAAAUCAUUCAUAUUCUGAAUGAAGAAAACAUCGAUGUUAAGAGUGCCAAUUCUUCGCUCAUCGGAAAUUCCAUGCACCAUGUUGUUCAUGCAGAGAUUCCACAAUCUUUGCUUCAAUUGGGUGCGACUAAAGUAAGGGAGAGUUUGAAAAGGUUUGUGCAGGAACCAAUUAGUAAAAAUGAAUUACAAUCUGAUCAUGAGUUGUUAGAUUUUGAGAUCGAUACUGCUGAAUUAGCGGAGCUUCUAGAUUUCUUAGCAUAA